CAUGUGUGGUUUCGAAGUCAGUGGCCCAAACCUGACCCAGUCAAAGUAAACUGUACUGUUCAUCAAUCACUCUGAACGGAAUUUCGAAGAAACUUCCACAUUCUCUUUACUACUAUAUCAUGGACUCAUGGUGUAUGAAGAAAUUACUCAAAAUUCGUUGAUACUUUAGAGAUAAAAUUAGUCUUCAAGCAUGGCAGAUUUCUUAGUGAUUUUGAGGUUAUAUGUUGUGCUUCAUGUGCUUCUUCAUGCUCAUGCAUGUUGGGAAGAAGAAAAAAUUGUUCUUUUGAAACUCAAAGAUGCAUUCAACUACCCAAAUGGCACUUCUCUUUCUUCUUGGGGUGGCGAAGAAAGAGAUUGUUGUAAGUGGGAAAUGGUUGGUUGUAGUGAAUUGACGAAGCAUGUGAUAAAACUUUCACUCAAUAAUACAAGAGUUAACAACAAUGGUUUCUUCCUGGAAUCCUCUUUAUUUCAUCCCUUUGAGGAGCUGCAUGAGUUAAGAUUGGAUGGUAACUCCAUUAAAGGCUUUUAUGGAGUGCUGAGGUUAAAAAAAUUACAAAUGUUGGAUCUGAGUUUCAACCGGCUUAUAGAGCCUUCGGCAGUUUCAAUCAGAUUGCUGGUGUGAUACCUCCAUCUCUAAAGAGCUUAUCAUUUAGAUGGCUCUUUCCCAGAGGAAGGUCUGCUCUCAUUGCUCUAGUAUAUAUGAGCUCUUAGAUGAUUUCCAAUGGUUGGAUAUUUAACCAAUGACAGAUGUUUCUUUUAAGAUUGAUAUAUAUACUAGUAUCUGGUGUAUCCCAUGCUAAUCAAUACAAACACAUUAACAUUGUAUGAGUAAUAUUAGAAUAGUGUGACUUAUAUUAAAUUUAAAGGAGGAAAAUGCAAGAUCAAAAUGGUGAAUGGUGAGUCUAUUCAACUACUAAUAUUUAUUAUUAUUGGAGAAAAUAAUAGUAUUGAAAGUAUGAUAUCUUUGAAAGAUAAUAUUUCUUACUUAUUAAAAUUAUUAAUUGUAUUUUUUUAAGAGUUUGGACAGAGAUUACAAUAUAUAAACAAUUUAAGGUUUAUAUACUAAAAGUAUCAAUUUAAAGGCAUACUUCUAUUUUAUUUUUACUUU